CGCUCUGUUGCCUCUCCCUUCCGUGUCCGCGCUCUCGUGCACGCAGGGAGCGUGCUCAAGUGCCAUUGGUUUCCGUUUUGUUUCCUGAUUAUUGCUAGUGCUCGGCCAGGCGGGGGUUCUGCGCAGCGCUCUGGAGAAACGUGGAAUUUGGCUGUACGGCGCUUUGAACCUUCAGCCUCGGAAAACGGUGACAGCUUUUCAUACAUCUACCAACGCUGAACUCAAAAGCGGCCUGCUGUGUAGCAAUGGAAGCUGAACAGAAUCGGGAAGUUCCAGAGGCUGUUGCUGAGACACAGGAAGCGGCGGUGCAACAAGAGGAGAAAUCGGAGCCUAGGUCUGAAGAGGUGGCACCUUCAGAACCAGCAGAUCCUCCAAAAGCAGCCCGUAAACCAGAGAAGACCCCAGAGAACGAGCCUUUGGCUGGGGAAUUGCCAGAAAAGGAGAAAGCGACAGACUCUGAAGCACCUCCUGCCAGACCAUCUGAACCCGAGGUGGCUCUGGAAAAAUCUCCUAAGGAAACCCCGGCUGCCGAGUCUUCUGAGAAACCUCCUGAGCCAGAACAGCAGAAGAAGUCUGAGGAGCCACAGGUUCAAGUGAAUUCUGAACCUGAGAAGCAGGAGGAAGAAGCUGUGAAAGAGGUAGAACCUAAGAAAGAGGAGUCUGCCAAAGAGGCAGAGUCCAAACCCACUGCUGUGAAUGAAGCCAUGCCAGAAGAAUCUGAUAAAGGUGAGGAGACCAAGACAGAAGGAGGAGAGGAUAAGGUACAACCAGAGGCUGAUGGAGUUCAAGCUGAGCCUCCAAAAGAGGCCGAGACCAAGCCGAAAGAGCCAGAGCUGCCUUUGUUCUUUGGCUGGUUCCUGCUUCCAGAGGAAGAGGAACGAAUUAAGUGUGCAACCAUGGACUUUCUCAAGACCCUGGACACUUUGGAGGCCUUCAAAGAACACAUCAGUGAAUUUACUGGUGAGGCGGAAAAAGAAGUGGAUCUUGAGCAGUAUUUCCAGAACCCAUUGCACCUCCACUGUACUACAAAGUUCUGUGAUUAUGGGAAAGCAGAGGGGGCAAAAGAGUAUGCAGAGCUACAGGUGGUCAAGGAAUCACUUGCCAAGUCUGAUGAGCUUUCCGUCACUGCUCUCAUAGUGACCCCUCGUAUAUUUGGGGCCCGUGUGGCUUUGACGGAAACCCAGAUGAAGCUGUGGCCCGAGGGAGAGGACAAAGAAGGGGUCGCUCCAGCCCUCAUGCCCAGUGUUGAGGCUCUUCCAAUGGGUAGCCGUGCCCACGUCACAUUAGGCUGCUCGGCAGGCGUGGAGGCGGUUCAGACCGGUUUGGAUUUGCUGGAGAUACUGGCUCUGCAGAAAGAGGGCAAGGAGGGCACCCAGGUCGAGAUGGACUUGGGUACUUUGUCCUACCUAAGCGAGGGCCGUUGGUUCCUCACCCUGAGGGAACCGAUUACUGCAGACACCACCUUCUCUAGCUUCUCCGAUGACAAGCCCACCAAUGACCAGGGCAAAAAGGAUGGAGAGAAGAAAAAGAAAAAGUGUACCAUUCUGUGAGGAGGAGGAGGAGAAGAGGGGGGGGGGGUGGAGACAUUUUUCCUAAGGGCUCCGGCCCUCGGUUGGCUGAGGAUGAUGUGUUUUUGCAUGUGUGUAGGUGGAUUGCGUGUAUGAUUCGCAGCUUUAGUGUGUGCACAGGGAUGGCUUGGGAUGAUUUGGCAGGUAGUGUGAGACCAGACGUUCCAAAGUGGCCUGCUGGCUCCCGGCUUUCUGUUAGCUGGUGCCUUUUUUCCUUUUGCCUGGCAACACAAGCUCCGAGGCCUUAGUAUCUGCCUUAAGGUCAUGGAUCACUCUGCGUUAGGUGCUAGUUCGCAUGGCUUUUUGGCCGCCACACCAUCCUUGUUCCCUUUACACAGGUACAUUCAUGAUCAGUCUUCCUUACACGUGACACUCAUGUAGAACACUUUAUAGAUUUAGCACAACUUUACUGGUUUGAUUAACUGAUUUAUACUCUGUUCCAGCUCAGUUUUUGUUGAUUAGUCUAGGUGCAGUUUCAAAUUCAGUUUGAGGCUGUAUUUUUAGAAGGUUUGCAUUCUAAAUUUACAUUUAGAUCUUCGAUUUCAUGAAAUGGAGCAUUUUGAUCCUUCAUCACAGGAAGUUUUGGUAUGGAGUAUAAAUUUGUUAGUUUAGUAUGUGGUUCUUCGGGGUCCCUCUCUUUCUUCAGCCUUUGUGGAGCUGAUCAUUUCCAAGAAUUCAUGCUGCAUCGUUGUUAUAAUCUUACCGAUAGUGAUCUGUUGUGUGUGUGUGCAUGCCUUUUGCCAAAAAAAAAA